ACCACACAUGGCCACCACUGCCAUGGGCACCCCUGGGAUGCUGCUGCUGCUCACCCUGGCCCUGCUCACUCCCCAUGAUGCUGCAUCCAGGGAGUGUGACCUGCAGGGCCUGUGGAGAAAUGAGCUGGGCUCCAAUAUGACCAUCUUGGCCAUGAACACAGCUGGGACCUUCUCAGGCUCCUACCACACUGCAGUGGCAGCCACCAGCAAGCAGAUCCUGGUGUCACCCCUGCAAGGGGUCCAGCAGCAUCCCAGUGCCAAGAGACACCCCACAUUCAGCUUCACCGUGCUGUGGCAGUUCUCAGACUCCACCACUGCCUUUGUGGGCCAGUGCUUUGUGGAUCACCGUGGGAAGGAGACACUGGAGACCACGUGGCUCCUGCGGGAAGAGGUCCUGUCACACAAGGACACCUGGAAAGCCACAAGGGUCGGCACUUCCACCUUCACCCGGAUCAAGUGAUGGGAACAGGGACCAGUGCUGCCUGCACCUGCUGUUCUUCUGCAUCCCCAAGUCUCCCCACUAUCCCAGUCCCAAGCUGGGCCCCUGGCAAGGAAACACACCCUCACUUUGCCCUGCUUCUUCCCAGUGACUCCCAGCAACCUGCUGGUGGGGCUCUCAGUUCCCAAACUUGCUGCCCUCAGACAUGGAGCUAAAUAAA